ACCACAAUGUUUUUAUAGUCUACAAGGGGAGAUAGGUAACUGAAGCAAGUUGCAGAUAGGGGAAAUAGACUGUGAAAGUAUGUACAUAUACACGGUGGGGUUGGGGUGAGGACCAAACUUGCCUAAAGGGAACCCAGAUAUAGGCUACAUCUCUAUCAUGUGAUUCCAUUCCUCUUUGGACACUUCACUUUCUGAAAGGUCAGAUCUACCUCCAUGGAGCUCACAGACCCGAGAGCAGAGAACAUGGAGGACGAGGACGAGGACGGAUACAUCAUGAUGAGCAUCCAACAGCAAACCUCCAUCAAGGGAUUGGCAGGAUCAGAACGAGGUCCCCGGACUCCGUCUUCCCUGUGGCGUCCAGUUGCUCUGGCUUUGCUGGUUCUGUGUCUGCUGUCUCUGUCUGGGGUGGUGACCUUGGGGACCAUGAUCAUCAGGCAACCAAACCACGUGGCAAUCCAGGAUGGAAAUGUCUCUGAGACUCUGCAGCAACUGGCCAGAAGACUCUGCCAAGAGCUUGUCUCCAAGACCAAAGGACACAAAUGCAAUCCUUGCUCCUCUCUAAAAUAUCACCAAGGAAAUUGCUACCUCCUUUCCCAUAGAAACAGAACCUGGGAGGACAGCAGGACCUAUUGUGCCAGUAAGAACUACGUGAUGCUGAAGGUUGAUAACAAGGAAGAACUGGCUUACAUCAACAGGAACACCAACAAGAUUCGCUGGAUCGGAUUGUCCCGCCGGGCCAUCGACAGUCCGUGGAUGUGGGAGGAUGGCUCAGUGCUGGCCACGGAUCUGUUCCAAAUAUCAGGAGAUGGAGAGGCCAAUCGACACUGUGCCUUUUUCCACAACGGGAAGAUCCAAGCUGCAGACUGCCAGGAAAGUUAUCCCACCUUAUGUGAGAGUGUAGGCGGAAACAUUAAGAUCGACCUCUUGCUUUGAGCCCUGUCCCAGAGGGACAUUUGGAGAAUCAGAGGGUGAAGCUGUCAUUCAGACUUCUGGGGCUUGGAACACCAAUCCAUCAUUCAAAGGUCUCAAUGAGCACUUACUGUGUGCAGAGCACUGUACUAAUUGCUUGUCCUAUCUUCUCUCCUGAUGUCAAGUUGUUUCUGACCCACAACCUCUCCAUGGACAUACUUCUCCCAGAAUGCUCCAACCUCCAUCUGCAAUCAUUUUGGCAGUGUAUCCAUAGAACUUUCUUGGUAAAAAAA